AUGCCGCCGACUCCCCGUGCCGCGGCAAUCCCGCUGUUGCUGCUGCUGCUAGUCACGCUCCUGGCGCCGGCGGAUGAGCGCUCCGCCAGCGGAGGCGGCGGAGUGCGCGGGGCGGUGGCGCAGACGGACUGUCCGCUGGUGGGGCAGGGCAUCGACCCGUACUCGGCGGGGCUGGUCGACAACAAGCCGCCCGUCUACGUCUCCGUGCUCCUCAAGAAGCUCAUCGCCGUUGACGAGGUCCAGUACAGCUACAGCGCCUACUUCUCCAUCGUCACCACCUGGCGCGACCCAAGAGUGAACGACACGGUGGCGAUGAACAAGGUGCUGUCGGCGAUGGGGCCGGCGCUGACGUGGAAGGCUGUGGAGGACUGCAAGCCCAACGUGACGUUCUCGGGGUUCAACAUCAGCCAGAAGGACGCCUGCCUCAAAAACAUCAAGCAGAACAACCUGCCGCAGAUGGAGGGGUGCAACAAGCCGUGCACUCCUGCGGGCAUCACGUGCUGCGACGCCCUCUGGAUCCCCUCGCUCACCAUCCCCAACGUCAUCCUCUACCCGCAAGACCGCUACCAAACUGAGAGCAUUUUCUUCUUUGGGGAUUACAGCACCGACGCCAGUGCCGUUGACCGAGAGUCCAUCGUUGAAGGAACCUUCUCCUCGCCCUUCACCUUCCGGAGAUUCCCCUUUGACUCCCAGAUACUGCGGUUGGUGGUGGCAGUGGAGGGCAGUGGGGAGUUCUACCUGGUGGGGAGCAACUCGGGGCGGCAGUCGGAGCAGGGGGGCGGGCAGAUGGGGGGAGGGGGAGGCACGUACGUGAAUGAUGAGGUCACGGGCUGGAAGAUUGCGAGUGUGGCGCUCGACUGCACUCCCUCUGACACCACUGUCAGCACCUCCGCCUCCUACGCUCCUGGGUGGGUGUGUGGGUGUGUGGGUGUGUGGGUGCACACAUGCAUGAUUCCUGAGAGCACUCUCUGUUCUUCCUCUGCUCUCACACCUCCCUCUGCUGCUCCCACACCUGCCUGCCACUGCUCUCACCUUCCCUCUGCUCCCACCCCUCCCUCUACUCCCACCCCUCCCUCUGUGCUCCCCUCUCCUCUCCCCAUCACCAACUCCCCCCACAUGCGCCUGCCUGCUGCUGCGUGCCCUCGCCCACAGAGGACCCGUGGAACGCCAUACCGGACAACACGGGCAGCGGCAGCAGUGGGGCAGCGAGCAACCAGAGCGCCACGUGCAUCUUCACCAUCCACAUCCAACGCACCAGCGGCGUCUAUGUCAUCGCCGUACGCUCCCACCCCUGCCUCCUCUCUCUCUCUCGCACUCGCUGCCGUUCUGGUCUUCCUACGCUCUGCUUCUCUCCUCCACACCACACAUCAUCGCAUCCUGCCUUCUCUGCCUUCGUCUUUGGAGGUCUGUGCUGCUGCCAGUCAUACUGAGCGUCUAUCUCACAUUCACGGCCUUCAUAGCCAAGCCAGAGGAUCUCGAGAUUCGAUUGGGGCGUGCCUCACGCUCUUCCUCGCCCUCGUCGCCAUUCAGUUCGUCAUUGACAGCCAGUUGCCGCGCACGUCAGCGAUAACCAACUUUGGGUAUCUGAUGAUCACCUCCUACAUUGUCAUCUGGCUGUGCACCAUGGAGACCCUCGUUGCCUUCUGCAUCGCCGAGCGCAUCGAGAAGAACGUGCAGGAGCUCGUCUCCGACUCGCUGCCGCCCGCCCUCUCCUUCAAGCGCCGCUCGCCUGCCGACAAGGCAGCGGGCGAGAAGCUGAUGGGCUCCGGUCGACACGUGGAUGGUGUUGACAGCAACGACCCUGAAGCCAUUGCUGAAGCUGCAGUGGAGAGGAGGGCUGCUGCGGCUGAGGAGAAGCAGAAGAAGAACGUCCCGGGCCUGCUGGUAUGUCCCAAUAGGCUGCUGCAUUGA